UUAUCUCAGUGUCCUAGUGAGGCCAGAGCAGCACAGUGGAAACCGAAGGGCCGGAGACCUCCAAGGUCACCCCGCGCCCCUCACCGACCUCCAGGAGCCCCUGUCCGCUGUCUCCUACAUCCCAGCCCAUCUCUCCUAUGGCGGAUGUGAGCAGCGCUGCGGCGGGGGAGCCACGCCCCGCGCCGGCCCCAGUACGACGCCGCUCCUCGGCCAACUAUCGCGCCUACGCCACGGAACCGCACGCCAAGAAAAAGUCUAAGAUCUCCGCUUCCAGAAAGCUGCAGCUGAAGACCCUGAUGCUGCAGAUAGCGAAGCAGGAGCUGGAGCGCGAGGCGGAGGAGCGGCGCGGAGAGAAGGGGCGCGUGCUGGGCACCCGGUGCCAGCCCUUGGAGCUGGCCGGACUGGGCUCCGCGGAGCUGCAGGACUUAUGCCGACAGCUCCACACCCGGGUGGACAAGGUGGAUGAAGAGAGAUACGACGUAGAGGCCAAAGUGACCAAGAACGUCACGGAGAUCGCAGACCUGACCCAGAAGAUCUUCGACCUCCGCGGCAAGUUUAAGCGGCCCACCCUGCGGAGGGUGCGCAUCUCCGCGGACGCCAUGAUGCAGGCCCUGCUGGGAACCCGGGCCAAGGAGACCUUGGACCUACGGGCCCACCUCAAGCAGGUGAAGAAGGAGGACACCGAGAAGGAGAAUCGGGAGGUGGGCGACUGGCGCAAGAACAUCGACGCCCUGAGCGGCAUGGAGGGCCGGAAGAAGAAGUUUGAGGGCUGAGCACCCUCUCCAGGGUCCUCUGGAGAUCAGAGCCCUGAGAAAUAAAAGUUGUCCUUGCUGGAA